AUGACUCUUGAAUCCAGUGAUAGAAUAUGGUUAAAACCAGAAACCGUUGAUGAAAUGAAGUUCGUAUCCAAAGAUGUUUUAUUGAUACGAGCCGGAAAGUCGUUAAUAUUUUAUGAUGUUUGUACGCAAAAAGAAAAUAUCUUAAUUGUAGACGUUCAAGGUGAUGGGGAACAUGAUCUAUCUUUAAAAAGCAUUGGGUGUAUUGAUUGCUAUAUAACAAUUGAGGUUCGGCCUCCAGAAAAACUUCGGAACAUUGAUCCAACUAAAACGGGUUGUUCGGCUAACAUAACAUCUUCAGUUACCUGUUUUACAUUCGAAACAUGUUGUACAUUAGAAUCUGUGAUCAAAGCUAGAUCUGAUGGAGAAUGGGGCAUUCAGUUGCGUUAUAGAUUGGAAGCUGAAACGUUUCAAGAAGGUCGUAAGUUUUCUAGGGUUUGGUUUGGACCAGAUCAUAUGAUGAAGUCACAAACAAUUGAAAAUAUUGUCUCCGUAGACCACAACAAAAAAGAAACGUGCCAACAACACACAGCUUACAUAAAGGAAAACACAAUGGAUAUUCAGUCUCCAAUUGCCAUGCAUAUUUCAUAUUCUCUGGUACAAAACGAUGUUCCUGUUCUAAGGCCUGGUGAUCCAGUACCUUCUUUAGCUGAUUUACCGGUAUUGAAUCAAAACCAAGCAGAAAAAACAUUUUUUGCUACAUUCCAUAAGGAYUGUGGAAAUAAUGAUAGAUGUGAAAGUAGAGUUCAUGUAAAUGCUGAAUUGUUGUUACCUAGGACAUCAGAUGAUAAAUAUGAAUUAGUAAUCGGACAGCAUGUUGAAAUACUUUUAAAUACAACUGCAUACAACCAGGGAGAGUCUGCAUACGAAAGUAGAAUGUUUGUUGUUCAUCCUUAUUCGUUUAAUUACAUAGGCACUGUAAAAUUAGAAGACACAAAGCAAGUAGAUUGUAAUCCAUUUAACAAGACAUUAGUUGUUUGUGCUCUUGGAAAUCCGUUUAAAAAAUCUGCUAUUUCUAAUAUUCAAUUGCGCUUUGAUCCGAAAGAACUGAAUGAUUCUGAAAAUCAGUUAGAUUUUAUUGUGUUUUCCAACUCUACAUCUCAUGAAGUUGAACCUCAGAGUCAGAGAGAUUUUAUGUUUUGGAUUCUUGGGCUUUUAAUGUUGUAUACGCAGUUUGUUUGGGUGCCGGAAAACAGAUUAAUGAAAGAAAAUGUUGGUUCGCCUUACAUAAUUAUACUAUAUAAUUUAAUGUUGGAAGCUAAAGCUAAUAAAGGGGUGAGAAAGUAUGAACUGCUCUGCUUUAUAGUUGUAGUUGAUUGA